AUGACGACGACGGCAAGGUGUGCCGCCGCGACGAGCGCUUCCGCUCGUCGCUCCGCGUUCCUCGGGGGUCGCACCCCGGUUGCGGCGUCAGCGCGACCCGCCCCACCGGCGCGAUCCUCCCGCGGCGCGCCUGUGCGCGUCGUGAGCGACGUGCGCAAGGACUGGAAGUCGAGCAAGAGCAUGACGCUGACCAUCUCCGACGAGGACGCGACGCACACGUUCGAAUCUUACAUCAGCGACGGCGAGCGGAUCAUCAGCGUCACGUUCCCGGAUCAGGCGCGGCGCCGCAAGCUCUCGGACACCACCUGGGAGGUGCAGCUGCUCCCGUUCUCGUUCAUGCAGUGGAGGGCCACAGUCUUCUGCACGCUCCGGCUGGAGCCCGUGAGCGGCGAGCUGCGGCUCUCCGCCGAGGACCUCAGGAUCGACGGGCUUCCCCCCGAGCUCGGCGUCGACGGCAAGGUGUGGCUCACCAUGGACGGCGCCCUGAAGCCCGCGAGGACCGCGCCCGCGGGCAGGCGAAAGGUCCUCGGUAAGAUCACCGUCAACCUCUCCGCGGAUGUCAACGACGCAGUGGCGAUGUUCCCGGGCCUGGACGACGCCGUCAACCUCAUCAACGACACCGUCAUAUCCAACCUGCAGGGGAGCAUCAACGCGACGAUCGCGAAGGACUACGCGAAGUGGAAGGUGGCGCAGAGGGUUCCGGCGUGA